AUGCACCUAAUGGAAGGAGAGUUACCUACCUCCAUGUCAGGAAGCUGUGGGGCAAGCAUUAAUGGGAAGCUGUACAUUUUUGGUGGAUUUGAUGAUAAAGGAUACAGUAACCGGCUGUAUUAUGUUAAUUUGCGAACAAAAAAUGGAACCUAUAGGUGGAAAAAAAUUACAAAUUUUAAAGGUCAACCUCCUACACCACGUGACAAGCUUUCCUGCUGGGUGUAUAAGGACAGGCUAAUAUAUUUUGGUGGCUAUGGCUGUAGGAAGCAUAAUGAACUGAGCGAUUGUUUUGAUGUCCAUGAUGCAUUUUGGGAAGGACAGAUAUUCUGGGGAUGGCAUAACGAUGUUCAUGUUUUUGAUACAACCACCCAAACUUGGUCUCAACCAGCAAUUAGAGGCGGAGAUCCACCUCAGCCUCGAGCAGCUCAUACAUGUGCUGUGCUGGGAAAUAAAGGCUACAUCUUUGGAGGACGAGUGCUGCAAACUAGGAUGAAUGAUUUGCACUGCCUGAAUUUAGACACUUGGACUUGGUCUGGAAGAAUUAAUAUCAGUGGAGAGAAGCCAAAAGAUCGAUCCUGGCACACGUUGACUCCAAUAGGAGAUGACAGACUUUUUCUUUUUGGUGGACUAAGUUCUGAUAAUGUUCCUUUAAGUGAUGGCUGGAUUCACAGCAUUACAACAAAUGGAUGGAAACAGCUUACGCAUUUGCCUAAGAGUAGGCCUAGGUGGUGGCAGGGCUGGAUGAUAGGAACCGGUGACUCUGGAGCCCCAGGUGGAUUUCAGGCAGUUCAAGGGCAGAUCCCAUACUGGGCUACAAAGUGGAACUGUCACUUGGCUGUCCUGACAGAGAGCCUGCAGUGCAAGCCACCUUCCUUGCUGCAGCAGAAGCUCCAAAGAGGUUUCCUGAGGUUGACACUGCUGAAUUUGCUGGGGACUGUACUGCACAG